AUGAGGCUCACUACGUUCUUCUCCACUGCUGCACUCGCAGUCACGGCCCUUGCAACUCCUACAUACGGAACAAACGGUACCAAUACAACAUACAUCGGUCCUGAAAAUGGCCAUCUAGUCAUCGUAGGAGGUAACCUACAAAGCGAGAGCAUCUACCAGCGCAUCAUCUCCCUUGCCGGCGGCCCCGGCGCACCUAUCGUUGUUGUUCCGACCGCAGGCGGUGACCCAACAUACGACCAGAACUUCACUACAGCGGCGUCUUUUCGCAAGUAUGGAGCUACCAAUGUAACGGUACUUCAUACCUAUGAUCCUGCCGUCGCUGAUACCGAUGCAUUUAUCGCGCCAUUGCUCGAAGCAAAAGGCAUCUUCUUCGCCGGAGGCAGGCAGUGGCGACUCGUGGAUGCUUAUGCGGGGACCAAGACUGAGGUGGCCUUCCAAAAGGUGCUGGAUGCUGGGGGUGUAAUCUCCGGAUCUAGUGCUGGCGCGAGCAUCAUUGGGAGUUUUCUGGCUCGUGGGGAUACGGCGAACAACACAAUCAUGAUUGGUGAUCAUACUGUUGGUUUUGGAUAUCUUAAGAACUCUGCCAUCGACCAGCAUGUUUUAGUCCGCAAUAGACAUUUCGACAUGUUUGAAAUUAUAGAUGCUCACCCAGAGUUGCUCGGUCUGGCGAUAGACGAAGACACUGCGUUGGUGGUGAACAAGAAUGAGAUGGAGGUGAUAGGGCGCACGUACGCUUUGAUUUACGACGGUGGUUUUUGGUCCAGGGAGGGGAGCUGGGAACGGCCUCUUCCACCCUCCAAUGCGAGAUUCUACUUUUUGAAGGAGGGAGAUAAAUAUGAUCUUGGGACGAGGAAGAUGAUUGAAUCUUAG